AUGGAGAGUAAUUUCGGGUGCAGCCACUACGACGUGGGCUUCCGCAGCCUGGGGGGCGGUAGGGAGGAGGAAGAACAGAAUGGUCAGUGCCUAGACGGGGACAGGUGCUUUGGCAAACUCCAGGGGAGGAACUUUCCCUGGGAGGGGUGGACGAAGCCUACCUUGGCCUCGUUGCUUUUAAGUGGAAGAGAGGAGAAUACAGCGUCCGAACCUAAGUGCGGAGCGGCUGCAGUAAACUACGUUGGCAUGAGAGAGCCGAACCCCUUCGACGACGAAAACCUGGAGGGCGGCUUUGGUGGCGGCUUGGCGCCCCCGCAGCAGCUGGAGGAGCCGCCCCCCCCGGCUGCGGUGGGGCCACUGAUCGCUGAGAGGAAGCAGCGCCGCUGCCGCACCGCGUUCACCCAGUUGCAGCUGCAGGAACUGGAGGACAUUUUCCAUCGCGUUCAAUACCCCGACGUGUUCACGCGAGAAGAGAUCGCAGGACGUCUGAAUUUGACUGAAGCCAAAGUGCAGGUUUGGUUUCAAAACAGAAGGGCCAAGUGGAGAAGACACCAGAGGGCAAUGAUGCUCAGAAAUGUGGCCCCUGUUGCCUUGGGCCCUCCUGUGGGAGUAAUCUUUGAUGGGCCCUAUCAUGCAAUCCCUGUUCUGGACCCGGCAUGGAGAUAUGUUCCUCUAGUGCCUCGGGGCCUUAUGCCUCCUGGGCCACCCCUACACCCUGGGCCUCCUGGGCCACCUCUGUCCCCCGGGCCACCCAUGAUACCUAUGCCACCCCCGCCACCUGUGCCUCCCUUUGCACUGUCCCCCGUAGGGGUGGCAUGGGCCCAUGUCAUCAAUGGUUAUUUCACAGGUCCCAUUUUCUAA